AUGGAGAAGAGCAACCCGACCUUGGAACUGGUUACUAAAACGGCGCUGCUCACGUGGCAGAGGUCGAACGCACUCCUCCGACAUGGAAUCGAAAGAGCCACUCCCUUUGUGCUAGCCGUUAAAAGUAAGGCAUGGCAGAAUGCUCAAUCAAUUGGAACCAAGGUGGCUGAGGCCAAAUUCGAAGAAAUGGACAGGACAGACAUCACCACUAUAGCCUCUGUCGUCCUCGGGUUAUACUUUGCUUAUGUGUUCUGCUUGGUAUUCUACCGCUUGUAUCUACAUCCCUUGGCAAAGUUUCCCGGUUACAAGAUCUGCGCUGCGUGCGAAUGGUACGAGUUCUACUGCUACAUUGUGAAGGGCGGACAAUGGGGAAAUGAAGUCCGCAAGAUGCAUGAGAAAUAUGGCCCCAUUGUGCGCACCAGUCCUUGGGAACUCUCAGUCCGCGAUCCGACGUUUUACGAUCAGCUAUACGUCACUGCCUCAACUCGCAAGACAGACAUGUGGCCCAGGGGUAGAGAGGGAAACGGAUUUGAAGACUCGCAUCACUUGUCGGUCUCCCACGACCUUCACCGUACGCGGAGAAAGCAUCUGGAACCAUUCUUCUCUCGCCAAGGCAUCACUCGUAUUGAGUCUCGGAUUGCCGAGCGUGUCAUGAAGAUGGACGAAAGACUCAUGGGUCUCAAGAGAUCUGGUUCUAUUAUCGAAGUGGACCAUAUGCUCUGCGCAUUAACCGGUGAUAUUAUUGGUCAAGUGUCUAGCGGCAUGGAAGCUGGUCUGCUGGACGACCCGGAGUUCACUCCUGCUUGGAAGGAUCUUAUGAUCAAGUCCACCACUAUUGCACCCCUAUUCCGAUGCUUUCCAUGGAUCAACAAGGUCCUCCAGUCUCUGCCUACCGCAAUCAUGAACAGCGUCUAUCCCAAAGGCAUCUCGAACAUGAUGCUGGGUAAGGCCGGCCAGCGGAACAUCGAAAAGAUAAAAUCCGAAAUUGCCACGUCCAAGAGAGACCUGUCGGACGUUUCAGUUUUCCACCACCUUCUUUCUUCCAAUAUACCGGAGUCUGAGAAGUCUAUCGAUCGUUUGCGUGCUGAGUCUAUGAUACUGCUGCUCGCCGGAACGCUGGCAGGUGCGCAUACCCUGACCUUCGUGGUUUUCUAUGUUCUUCAGAAUCCGCAGAUCGAGAAGCGGCUGAGAGCAGAGCUGCAGCCUGUUUUCAAGGGCUACCCCAACAAGAUACCUGCCUGGGCGGAGCUGGAAAAGCUACCAUAUCUCAGAGGUUGCGUUAAGGAGGCGCUCCGGUUGAAUGGACUCGUUGGAAAUCUUGCACGCUGCUCGCCGGACGAAGAUAUUCAGUUCCACCAAUGGGUCAUCCCCAAAAAGACUCCGGUUGGCAUGUCCAUCUACGCAAUGCACUUUGACCCGAACGUCUUUCCCGAGCCGGAGGCCUUCAAGCCCGAACGCUGGAUCGGGGAGUACAACAAGCAAAUGGAUCGCAACUUCGUCCCCUUCACUAAGGGCUCGCGGAGUUGCCUUGGAGUCAACCUCGCCUGGGCAGAGUUGUAUCUUGCCAGCGCAAUGCUAUUCCGCCCUGGCGGCCCUAAGCUUGUCCUUCAUGAUGCGGGCGAGUCUGAUAUCAAGAUUGCGCGUGACUACAUCAUGGGCUUUCCUAGGGCGGGCGCCAAGGAUGUUCGCGUCAAGGUUGAGUGA